AUGGCCUCCGAGUCGGUGAAGGUGGUGGUGCGCUGCCGCCCCAUGAACCAGCGGGAGCGGGAGCUGAACUGCCAGCCCGUGGUGACGGUGGACUGCGCGCGCGGCCAGUGCUUCAUCCAGAACCCGGCCGCCGCCGACGAGCCUCCCAAACAGUUCACCUUCGACGGUGCCUACUACGUGGACCACUUCACCGAGCAGAUCUACAACGAGAUCGCCUACCCGCUGGUGGAGGGUGUCACUGAGGGCUACAAUGGCACCAUCUUUGCCUACGGCCAGACCGGCAGCGGGAAGUCCUUCACCAUGCAGGGCCUGCCAGACCCUUCCUGCCAGAGGGGCAUCAUUCCCAGGGCCUUCGAGCACAUUUUUGAGAGCGUCCAGUGUGCAGAGAACACCAAGUUCCUGGUCCGGGCCUCCUACCUGGAGAUCUACAAUGAAGAUGUUCGUGACCUGCUGGGAGCUGACACCAAGCAGAAGCUGGAGCUGAAGGAGCACCCCGAGAAGGGCGUGUACGUGAAGGGGCUGUCGAUGCACACGGUGCACAGCGUGGCCCAGUGUGAGCGCAUCAUGGAGACGGGCUGGAAGAACCGCUCAGUUGGCUACACCCUGAUGAACAAGGACUCCUCCCGUUCACACUCCAUCUUCACCAUCAGCAUUGAGAUCUAUGCUGUGGAUGAGCGAGGCAAGGACCACCUCCGGGCAGGCAAGCUGAACCUGGUGGACCUGGCGGGCAGCGAACGGCAGUCUAAGACGGGCGCCACAGGGGAGCGGCUCAAGGAGGCCACCAAGAUCAACCUGUCACUGUCAGCACUGGGCAACGUCAUUUCGGCCCUGGUGGACGGGCGCUGCAAGCACAUACCCUACCGGGACUCGAAGUUGACACGGCUACUGCAGGACUCACUGGGAGGCAACACCAAGACCCUGAUGGUGGCCUGCCUGUCACCUGCCGACAACAACUACGACGAGACGCUCAGCACGCUGCGCUACGCCAACCGAGCCAAGAACAUCAAGAACAAGCCACGCAUCAAUGAGGACCCCAAGGAUGCUCUUCUGCGAGAGUACCAGGAGGAGAUCAAGAAGCUCAAGGCUAUUCUGGCCCAGCAGAUGAGCCCCAGCAGCCUGUCAGCCCUGCUGUCCAACCAGAUGCCCCUAAGCCCUGUCCAGUUUGAGGAGAAGCCACUGCCCCCACCCGUGAUCCAGCACGACACAGAGGCAGAGAAGCAGCUGAUCCGGGAGGAGUAUGAGGAGCGCCUGGCCAGGCUGAAGGCCGACUAUGAGGCAGAGCAGGAGUCUCGGGCCCGGCUGGAGGAGGACAUCACUGCCAUGCGCAACUCUUACGAUGUGAAGCUGUCCACGCUGGAGGAGAACCUGCGGAAGGAGACAGAGGCCAUCCUGAAGGCAGAAGUCCUCUACAAGGCUGAGGUCAUGUCCAGGGCUGAGUUUGCCAACAGGUCUGAGUACCCACCUGCUUUCCAGUACGAGGUUGCCUUUAGACCCGAGGUCACCCCCAUGCCCGGCGCUCCCCCCAGAGCAGAGGCCUCCAAGUCUGAGAGUUCUUCUCAGCUGGUUGAGCUGCCCAAGGUGCAGAGCUCCAAGUCUGAGAUUUCUUUCAUGUCUGAUGAGUUGUCCACCCUCGAGGAAACUUCCGUCUCUGAGGCCUUACCUGGGCCUGAUGAGUCCACCAACCUGGAGUUCUCCAUGCCCGAGGAGGAGUCCAAGAACAAGUACUUCUCGGAUGAGUGUUUCAGCCGGGAGGGCCCCAGCCCCCUGCCGGAGGACACCCGCUACCUCCACGAAGAGGAGCCUGAGCUGACGUGCCUGGAGCUGCCCCCAGGCCUGCAGGACCCGUUUGCUGAGCUGGAAGCCAAGCUGGCCAGGCUCUCCUCCACUGUGGCCAGGGCAGACAUGCCCCCGGAGGACACACCCAAGGUCCCCAAGCAGCACCCAUCCCUGACAGAUCUGCUGCAGCCCAGUGACCCCAGGCCUGAAGCUGAGGCAGCUGACCAUGUCCUCUCCAGGACCGGGGCUGAUCUGGUCCUGGAAGUGGCUGAGGAGGUGGUGUCAGCAGCAGAGCCUGAUGUGGAGACUGAAGCUGAGGCCCGGGUGGCCUUGGUGCCCCAGCCUCACCCCCUGCUGGCCCUGGGAGGCGAGAAGAGGGAGAGCGCGGGUGUGGAGGUGGUGGCACCGCCCAUCGUGGACCAGCAGCAGGUGCUCGCCCGCUUGCAGCUGUUGGAGCAGCAGGUGGUCGGCGGGGAGCAGGCCAAGAACAAGGACCUGACGGAGAAGCACAAGCGGCGGAAGCGGUAUGCUGACGAGCGGAAAAAGCAGCUGGUGGCAGCCCUGCAGAACUCGGACGAGGACAGUGGGGACUGGGUGCUGCUUAAUGUCUACGACUCCAUCCAGGAGGAAGUGAGGGCCAAGAGCAAGCUCCUGGAGAAGAUGCAGAGGAAGCUUCGGGCAGCAGAGGUGGAGAUCAAAGAUCUGCAGUCAGAGUUUGAGCUGGAGAAGAUCGAUUACUUGGCCACCAUCCGCAGACAGGAACGUGACUUCAUGCUCUUCCAGCAGCUCCUGGAGCAGGUGCAGCCCCUGAUUCGCAGAGACUGUAACUACAGCAACCUGGAGAAGAUUAGGCGCGAGGCCUCCUGGGAUGAAGAUAAUGGCUUCUGGAAGAUCCCUGAGCCUAUCAUCAUAAAAACCAGCCUCCCAGUAGCAGUUCCAACAGGGCCACCAGGCAAACCAGUCCGCAAAACCUCUGCAGCAGACAACGGUGAACCAGGCAUGGAAGAAGACCGCUACAAGCUGAUGCUCAGCCGGAGUGACAGUGAAAAUAUUGCCAGUAACUACUUCCGCCCCAAGAGGGCCAGCCAGAUCCUCAGCACGGAUCCCAUGAAGAGCCUCACUCAUCACAAUUCACCACCAGGUCUCAACUCCCCCCUCAGCAACAACUCUGCCAUAUCGCCCACCCAGGCCCCCGAAAUGCCCCAGCCCCGGCCCUUCCGCCUUGAGUCCCUUGACAUCCCCUUCACCAAGGCCAAGCGCAAGAAAAGCAAAAGCAACUUUGGCAAUGAGCCUCUGUGA